GCCUUCCCUUAGACUUAGACAUUAUUUUUGUUUUCCUCAGCCUAGGGCUUGGUAAGCUGGGUAAGACUGUCCUUCCUCUCUGCAUUGCCAUUUUGACAUCUCUCUAGGAGCAGUGAGUGGUAGCAGAUUCCAAGAUGUCGUCUACAGUGCCAUUCUAUCAAAGGAGGCACAAGCACUUUGACCAGUCCUAUCGCAAUAUUCAGACAAGGUAUUUGCUUCAGGAAUAUUCAGCAAGAAGGGCUGCUUCCAGACAAGCUGCUUCUAGACAUGCUGUUUCCUAUUCUGCACCUGCUGACGUGGGAAGGACAACGUGUCGCUUGUGUGCCAGGAGACUUCAUCAUGUCUCCUCUGAAGAGGAGUCACACGAAUCCCAGGCAAUGAGGGUUCAGGAGCAAAAGUCUCAGCACUGGAGCGAACAGAGAAGGAUCCGCUUUGUCACCAGCUUGUCCGCUUUGGAGGAGGAGAUGCGCACAGCCAGGCUCCUUGCCAGAGAACAACUGGACAGAAUUGCCAUACAGAGGAUGGUAGAAGAGAAGAUGGCUUUGGAAAGGUAUACCGUUGAAGAGACCAUCAGCCGAGCCCCUGAAAUUUUGGUGCGGCUUCGGUCUCACACAGUCUGGGAGAAGAUGUCCGUCAGGCUUUACUUCACUGUCCAGGGAUUUCCCACUCCUGUUGUACAAUGGUAUAAAAAUGAAGAACUGAUUACUCCUGCAAGUGAGCCUGGGAAGUACACAAUCGAAAGCAAAUAUGGGGUGCAUGUCUUGGAUAUAAACCGAGCUCACUAUGAUGACACCGCUACCUACACCGCCGUGGCGACAAAUGUGCAUGGUCAGGCGUCCACCAGUGCUGCUGUCGUCGUGAGGAGGUUCAGAGGCGAUGAGGAGCCUUAUCCUGCUGGAGUUCUUCCUAUUACCUUGCCCAUGCCCCUGGACAUCUGCUUCUCCCAUUUUGAUGUUCAGUUCUUGGAGAGGUUUGGUGUCACCUUUGGUGUGGAAGGGGAAACAUUGACCCUCAGGUGUGAUCUGCUGAUCACACCAGAGCUGAAUCGCCUUCGACCUCGUGCUGAGUGGUACAGAGAUGAUGUGCUUGUGAAAGAUUCCAAGUGGACGAAAACAUUCUUUGGAGAUGGCCGGGCAGCACUGUCCUUUACCCACCUGAACAAGGAUGAUGAAGGCUUAUAUACGUUGCGUUUAGUUUCGAAAGGAGGAGUGAGUGAAUACAGUGCAUUUCUGUUUGUGAGAGAUGCUGAUGCCCUGGUAAUGGGGGCACCAGGAGCACCAAUGGAUGUGAAAUGUUAUGAUGCCAACAGAGAUUAUGUUAUUGUUACUUGGAAACCACCCAAUACAACCCACGAAGCUCCAGUUAUUGGCUAUUUUGUGGACAGAUGUGAAGUGGGUACUGAAAACUGGGUUCAGUGCAAUGAUGCUCCUGUUAAAAUCUGCAAAUAUCCAGUGACUGGGCUGUUUGAAGGGCGUUCCUACACAUUCCGUGUGAGGGCAGUCAACCAGGCUGGCAUCAGCAGGCCAUCUAGAAUCUCUGAAGCAGUGGCAGCUCUGGACCCCGUUGACUUGGAAAGAUUGCAAACUAUUCAUCUGGAAGGAGACAAACAGAUUGUAAUCUACCAAGAUGACCUUGAAGGCGAUGUUAAGAUUCCAGGACCUCCCACCAACGUACACGCUUCAGAAACCAGCAAAACAUAUGUCGUACUCAGCUGGGAUCCACCUGUUCCCCGUGGCAAAGAGCCAUUAUCAUAUUUCAUUGAGAAGUCCGUGGUUGGCAGUGGAAGCUGGCAGAGGGUCAACGCUCAAGUGGCUGUGAGAUCUCCCCGCUAUGCAGUGUUUGACCUUGCUGAAGGGAAGUCAUAUGUUUUCCGAGUUUUGUCAGCAAACAAGCAUGGGAUCAGUGAUCCUUCUGAAAUAACACCUCCUAUUCAAGCACAAGAGGCCAUUGUUGUUCCUUCUGCUCCGGGACGUAUAGUGGCAACAAGAAACACAAAAACCUCUGUUGUUGUCCAGUGGGACAAGCCAAAACAUGAAGAAGACCUGUUUGGCUACUACAUUGACUGUUCUGUGGCAGGAUCGAAUCACUGGGAACCUUGUAACCAUAAGCCCAUCGGCUAUAACAGAUUUGCUGUGCAUGGCUUAGCAACAGGAGAGAAAUACGUCUUUCGUGUGAAGGCUGCAAAUGCAGUGGGAAUGAGUGAAAAUUCUCAGGAGUCUGAACCUAUAACAGUACAAGCAGCCCUCACCUGCCCCUCCUUUCCUUAUGGUCUCACACUUCUCAACUGUGAUGGCCACUCAAUGACCAUUGGCUGGAAGCUUCCACGAUUCAGUGGUGGGUCAAAUAUUCUGGGUUAUUACAUAGACAAACGAGAGCUACAUCAUCACAACUGGCAUGAAGUCAACUCUUCUCUUAUUAAAGAGAGGAUUUAUACGGUAGAGGAUUUGACAGAAAACACCUACUAUGAAUUCAAAAUUGCGGCCGCAAAUAUCGCUGGCAUAGGGCAGGCAUCUGAACCCAGCGAGCAUUUCAAAUGUGAGGCUUGGACAAUGCCAGAACCUGGCCCUCCCUACGAUCUUACGUUUUGUGAGGUUAGGGAUACAUCCCUUGUAAUUCUCUGGAAAGCGCCUGUUUACAUUGGCAGCAGCCCUGUAAGUGGAUAUUUUGUGGACUACAAGGAGGAGGAAGGAGAAGAAUGGUUCACAUUCAACGAGAAGCCAACAUCACACCGUUAUCAAAAGGUCACUGAAUUACAUGAGGGCAGAUCUUACGUAUUUCGAAUUCGUCCAGUGAAUGAUGCUGGUGUAGGCAAGCCCUCAGAUGUUUCUGAAGCUGUGCUGGUCCAGGCUAGACCAGACACUAAGGAAAUCACUGCAGGUGUGGAUGAAGAAGGCAAUAUUUACCUUGCCUUUGACUGCAAAGAAAUUUCAGAUGCUUCUCAUUUUGCUUGGAGUAAAUUCUAUGAAGAGAUAGAAGAUCAUGAUAAAUAUAAAGUUGAAACAGUUGGAGAACAUUCUAAACUUUAUUUUAUGAAGCCUGACAAGGAUGAUUUGGGAACCUAUGCUGUUGCUGUUAGCGAUACUGAUGGUAUUUCAUCCAGUUUUAUUAUGGAUGAAGAAGAGCUUGAACGUCUGAUGACACUAAGCCAUGAAAUCAGAAAUCCAACAAUCCCUCUGAAGUCUGAAUUAACCUAUGAGGUUUUGGACAGAGGCCAAGUUCGUUUCUGGCUUCAGGCUGAGAGCAUUUCAGCUGAUGCCAGCUAUAGAUUUGUAAUCAAUGACAGUGAAGUUGUCAACAGUGAUACGCAUAAGAUCAAAUGUGACCAUUCGACUGGUAUCAUUGAGAUGCUUAUGGACCGCUUCACUAUUGAAAACGAAGGAACCUACACAGUGCAGAUUCACGAUGGGAAAGCCAAGAACCAAUCUUCAUUAGUUCUUAUUGGUGAUGCGUUCAAGGAUGUAUUGGCUGAAGCCGAGUUCCAGAGAAGGGAGUUCCUGAGGAAACAAGGUCCUCAUUUUCUGGAGUUUUUGUAUUGGGAAAUUUCAGAAGAAUGCGAAGUGCUGCUGCUCUGUAAGGUGGCAAAUACCAAGAAAGAGACCUUUUUCAAGUGGUACAAAGAUGCUGCUGGAUUUGAUGUUGAAGAGGUGCCUGACCUGCAGAAAGAGGUUGUCUGUUUGACUAUUCCAAAGCUGUCUAAAAAGGACCAGGGUGAAUAUAAGGCAACACUGUCAGAUGACCGAGGUCAAGAUAUGUCUACUAUUGAUGUAUCAGGACAAGUAUAUGAAGAUAUGAUCCUGGGAUUGAGUCGAAUCAGUGGUAAAUCUGCUUCUGAACUGAAGAUCCACUGUACUCCAGAAGGCAUAAGACUACAGUGUUUCUUGAAGUACUACACAGAGGAAAUGAAAGCAAGUUGGCUUCACAAGGAAUCUAAGAUUUCUUCUAGUGAAAAGAUGAGGAUUGGAGGCAGUGAUGAAAUUGCCUGGAUGCAGAUAUGUGAGCCCACAGAAAAGGAUAAAGGGAAGUACACCUUUGAGCUCUCUGAUGGCAAGGAGUCCUAUAAGCGGAGUAUUGAUUUAUCUGGACAAGCGUUUGACGAUGCUUAUGCAGAAUUCCAGAGACUCAAGGCAGCUGCUUUUGCUGAGAAGAAUCGUGGUAAAGUGCUUGGUGGUUUGCCCGAUGUGGUGACAAUAAUGGAAGGCAAGACCCUGAAUCUGACCUGCACUGUGUUUGGUAACCCCGACCCUGAGAUAGUCUGGUUUAAGAAUGACAAGGAGCUUGAACUGAAUGAUCACUAUGUAGUCAAACUGGAGCAAGGAAAGUAUGCCGGUCUGGUCAUCAAGGGGGUGGCAUCAGAAGACUCAGGAAAGUACAGUAUCAAUGUCAAGAACAAGUAUGGUGGCGAGAUGGUGGAUGUCACCGUCAGUGUGUACAAGCAUGGCGAAGAGGUGCCCGACGUCAAACCUGGCACAGGUGGCAAAACAAGGCUAGUAGCGCCAGAAGGAACUCAUUAAUCUUCCAAGCAUGAUAAGGGCAGCAGGAAGUAGAUUUGUAAGGGGUGUGUUUGACAGGCAAAAGGCUAAAGAGAAGCUGUAGGUCGUUCCCCCCCCCAUAGUGUUUCUGCAGUAGAUAACUGGCAAUGUCCAAGGAAGAGUUAAGCUUUUUGAGGUGGGCAUCACAGUCUCGGUUCUGCAACCAUACCAUCCCCAGAUGCAAUUACAUCAUUAUGAAUAGAAGCUGUUAUGUGGCUGGCAACAAAAAGCCAUUGCAGGGGCAGCUGUUAUUAACUUUAUAUGCAAAUUGGUGCUAUAUCUGUAGGAUGGAACUCUGCUUACGGCAAUGGGAAGAUCAGACUUUUAUUAGUUAUAUAUAAUUUGGGAACCGAACUUUACUCCUCAAUCUGGGCUGUGACCCUCGGUGCUUUUGUAAAACCCCCAACGGAACUCAAAUGGGCUGCAGAAAUGUAAACACAUUGAGGACUGCAGCCUCAGAUAAACCAGACAAGCUGAAAAAUGACCUUCUGAGUUAUUCUUAGUAGUAUCGCUGUUUUGUAGUGCAAGCUGAUCUUUAGUGGUAUUUUACAAUCACCGUGGACUCAUUUAAACCAUAAGUUUCACAGUUGUUGUUUGUUUGUUUCCUCCCCUGCUUUGUGCUAAUAAAAAAACUUUAAAAGUCA